AUGGCCGCAAAGACCAAGGCACAGGACAUCAUUGACAACAAUGCAGUUGCGGUCUUCUCCAAGUCGUACUGCCCAUACUGCAAGGCCACCAAGUCGCUGUUGAGCGAGCUGGGCGCAAAGCCAUACAUCAUCGAGCUCGACCAAGUUGAUGACGGCGCCGCCAUCCAAGAUGCCCUCCAGGAGAUCACCAACCAGCGCUCCGUCCCAAACAUCUUCAUCGACCAUAAGCACAUUGGCGGCAACUCCGAGCUGCAGUCCAAGAAGAGCGAGCUGCCAAACCUGUUGAAGCAGGCCAACGCCGUCUAG